CUCAAAGAAGCGCGGUGCCUAUUAUCCCUAACUUCAUCUUCCAGUGAUUAUCCGGCAUAAACUUUAUUGGCUAUGUCAAUUGGUCGGAGUCAAGACUAUGACUCAGGCUAAGAGUCUAUGCUACAACCCAAGGCUCUCUGGAAUUACUACUGCUGGCAAUCUAGUGGACUGGCGCCUGUAAUAUUUGGGCCAGUUGGGGCUUAAGUAUGAUAUGGUUAAGCGGGAUAACAUUAUGGCAUGGCAUCACUGUGAUGCGUUGAUACCUACCACCGGGCAAGAACAGACUGAGAUCAUGUUCACAUAAUGCAGCAUCUGACCACAAAUAGAAAGAGCAGUGGUUGCUCUCUCCUCUAUGUUUCUGUUCCUCACACUCUUACUCGUAUAUCGUGUACGGCUCUCAUCAGCCUACAUAUCAUUCUUGGGUGCUACAAGCUUUCCAUCCUCUAUUUGUACUUGACUAACCAACCCCCUAACUCUCUAUAACCUCAAUAACGCAAUGAAGGCUAACAGCUUUCUCAUUGCUCUCCUCCCAGCCGCCCUGGCCCUCCCCCUCGCCACGCCAAAUGGUGACGCUCCAAGCCUCUCAGGAAGCCAGGGCCUUCAGUCUAUUACUGACGAACUUCUUUUUGGCAUCGAGCUGCCUGAUUUCACUGCUCGCAGAGAGGCAAACGACCCUCCUCAGUUAGACUGGUACUCUGAUGGUUGCACAAAGGCUCCAAGCAACCCUUUAGGAUUCCCUUUUCAGCGGGCAUGCGAGCGCCAUGACUUCGGUUAUCAGAAUUACCGAAUUCAAGGGCGCUUCACCAAGGCCGCAAAAGCGCAGAUAGAUCUUAGAUUCAAGGAAGAUCUUUACCAUCAAUGUGAACUAGUCCGCGCUGUCAGAAUUUGCAAGAAACUGGC